AUGGUAUUGGGCUGUCUAGAUAAACAACGAAGCUUAUCGAUGCGAACACAUGAAUAUUUUACUUUAUUAUCAUCCAUUAUAUUAUUUGUGGCUCCUCAUCAUCACAAUGCCAUAGGCUGUCCAGAUGUUCUAAAUCGAAACGUAUGGACUGCUACGGAACCAUUAGCUCGAGAAAACUUACCAGUGCCAGUUCAAUAUAUUGUCGUGCAUGAAUUAACUGGUUUAAAUAGAAGUAUGACACAACACGAUUGUACACGGUAUAUAAAUGCACUUCAAAGUUGUAAUAUGAAUCAAAAUGGUUAUGAUGAUAUUGUAUUUAAUUUUAUUAUUUGUGGUGGUGAUGAAAAUGAUAACGGUAGUCAGCAACAAAUUUAUACUGGGAGAGGAUGGAAAACUAUCGGAGCACAUUGUAUUACAUAUAAUAGUCGCUCAUUAGGUAUUGCAACUGUUCGUAAUUAUACGAAUAAGAAAUCUUUAAAUGCAUUCAAAUCAUUAAUGGAAUGUGGUAUAACAAAUAAAUUCAUUGAACAAAAUUAUUCACUCGUAGGACAUUAUGCAUCUUCAAAUAUUUAUAAAUUUUAUUUGGAAUAUUUCAAAAAUACUACGCAAACAAAAUAUAUGUGCCAAUCAAGGCCAUCUAAUAGCAACACAAUUGCUGCAAAUCCAAAAGAAGUUGAAUAG